AUGGAGAACACCACCGAGUCUCAUGCUCCUGAUGGCGGGCGGCACUUGGUUCACAGUCAUGCACAUGAGGGGGCGAUUCCUGGCACUGUGGACCUCCGAGUAGCCGAGGGUGACGACUCAGCAUUGGGCCAGGCACUGUUCCCAGUCCCGGCGCAGGACCCCAAUGAUCCACUGCAAUGGUCAACCUUUAAGAAGAUGAUGAUUCUUAUAAUUUGCUGCUUGUACUCCUUCCUUGGGAACGCAGCCUUGUUGGGACCGGCGCCUUAUAUUACAUUAUUUUCCGAGUUAUUCGAAGUCAGUCCAGCCGAAGCAUCGGGCUUGAUCUCGUAUCCGAACCUAGCAUAUGGGUUUGGGUCGCUGUUCUUGGUUCCGCUGUACCUGAAAUAUGGUCGGCGUCCGGUGAUGCUGGGUUCAAUGUUAUUUGUAGGUCAUCCGUUACCGUUCCAGCACAAUGCCCUGGGAGGACUGACGAAAUCUCAGUUCAUCGCCGGGCUUAUUGGAUCUUCUCAAGCAAAUAGCUUCAGCGGAUUGAUGGUUGCCAGAGUAUUUGCUGCCUUCGGCUCAGGUGUCUGUGAAGCGAUUCCUGUCCAGCUCGUGAACGAUAUCUUUUUCCUCCACGAGCGUGGGAAACGCAUUGCUUACUAUACUGUCGCACUCUGUCUCGGAGCCAUUGCACCUCUGCCAUCGGCUCAUAUGCUCAUCGAGCCAUACUCGUGGCGGCUAUUCUUCUAUGUUGUUCUGGCUUUUAGUUUGGCGCUCUUCAUUCUGGCAUUCCUUUUCGUCGAGGAGACAUCCUAUGACAGAAAGGCCCACAUGCUAUCAGAGACCCCAUCUGAGGAUCUCGCCGUGUCUAACUCUAACAAUCCUGAGAAAGCAGUCGAGUCAACCCACGAAGUCGCACCAACACGUACAACAAGCGUUCCUAAACGGACGCCGUUCAUCAAGACCCUUUCACCAUUGGGCCGGGUAGACCCCACGGUAUCCUUAUUUGGUACCAUGGCUAGGUCUUUCACGUAUUUCCUAGUACCGCAGGUCAUGUGGGUGAUUACGUCUUUCGGCAUCUUCAUUGGCCUAGGUGCCUUCGCCUUCAAUUAUACGUUUCCGAUCAAAAUCACGAACCCGCCUUACAACUGGACUGAGGCGGAUUCGGGACUAAAUGCACUGGCAACUUUGAUCGGGUUCGUGCUAGCCGUGCCAUUCGCGCCCACUUCCGACCAUUUGGCAGCCCGCCUCACUCGCCGCAACGGCGGAAUUCGUGAGGCUGAGAUGCGCCUCGGCGUCAUGCUCCUGGCUAUGGUCAUCGCGCCUGCCGGUCUCAUCCUCUAUGGUCUCACUGCGCAGUACGACCUGCACUGGCUGGGGUACUUUUUCGGGGCCGGAAUGACGCAAUGGGCCGCGUACUUCUACUUCUCCUUCACGCUGGCCUACGCGGUCGAUUCUUACAAUGCGAACACAUCCGAGCUGCUCAUUGCGAUGAAUCUCGGCAAGCAGGCCAUCAGCUUCGGUCUGUCGGUCAAUCUCUUGGAGUGGGUUCUGGAGAGAGGCUAUGCCGUAGUUAUCUCCGGGAUUUUUACGGCCUUCUUGAUUUUGAAUAAUGUCAUGUUGGUGGUUUUCAUGGUAUGGGGGAAGAAGAUCCGGAAGGCUAUGGGCGAGUCUUGGUUGGCCAAGUUCCAUGGACGGCAUAGGGAGCAGGAGCCGCAGGUGGCUUAG